AUGAACGACGUAAACAAAGCCAUGGCUGUGUCUCACUCUCACAUAGGCGGGAAGCUCCUCAAUGUGGUGCCUAUGCUUCUUCUCUUCUCCUUGGGAUUUGUGCUCGGCAUGACCUCCAACUCCAAGUUCCCAAACUUCUACCUCUCCUCCGUCGCGCCAUCGCCCACUCCGUCGCCACCUCCGGUACCAUCUUCACCACCUCCGGCGCCGCUGCCACCGCAAAACCCACAAGUGGGGCUGGCACGCUUCCUGGAGCCGCCCAGCGCCAUGCACAACAUGACCGACGAGGAGCUGCUGUGGUGGGCGUCCAUGACGCCCAAGGUCCGCAGCACGCCGUACCACCGCGCGCCCAAGGUUGCCUUCUUGUUCCUGGCGAGAGGGGACCUGCUGCUGCGGCCGUUGUGGGAGAAGUUCUUCGCGGGGCACGAAGGCCUGUACUCCAUUUACGUGCACACCGAUCCUUCCUACACCGGCUCGCCGCCGGAGGACUCCGUCUUCUACGGUCGCAUGAUCCCAAGCCAGAAAACGAUGUGGGGAGACGUGAGCCUGGUGGCCGCGGAGCGCCGGCUGCUGGCGAACGCGCUCCUGGACCUCGGCAACGAGCGGUUCGCGCUGCUCUCCGAGACGUGCAUCCCCCUCUACAACUUCAGCACCGUGUACGCCGUGCUCACCGGCACCAACACCAGCUUCGUGGACGUGAUCGUCACCCCGGCGCGCUACAACGACCUGUUCGCGGAGCGCAACAACAUCACCGUGGCGCAGUGGCGCAAGGGCGAGGAGUGGUUCGAGAUGGACCGCGCGCUGGCGCUGGAGGUCAUCUCCGACGGCACCUACUUCCCCACGUUCCGCGAGCGCUGCGUGGGGCAGGCGGCCUGCCUCAUGGACGAGCACUACGUGCCGACGCUGCUGAGCGUGCUGCGGUGGCCGCGGAGCGCCAACCGGACGCUCACGUUCACGGACUGGAAGCGCCGGGAUGGGCUGUUCCACCCGCACAGGCACGGCGCGGAGGAGGUGACCGCGGAGCUGGUCGAGGAGAUCAGGGGAGGCGCGCGCUCCGGCAGGAACUGCAGCGCAUACCACGACGGGGCCACCGGCGUCUGCUUCCUGUUCGCGCGCAAGUUCUCGCCGGACACGCUCCAGCCGCUGCUCCAGUUGGCGCCCAAGGUCAUGGGGUUCGGGUGA